AACGGUCCAGCGCGGCAAACCGUAAAGAAUGAGUCACAAUUAGACAAGUGAACCGAACCGGGAACGGUCGGAGGAUAGCUAAGGAGGGAGCGAGGAGGAGUCGGAACCUGCCUCUAUAGGAAGAGGGAAAACCAAGACGUCGUUCGUUUUUCCCAGAUACCAACACCUGCGACGCACAGAGGGAUCGAGAGGGCGACAGUUUGAUCACCGCCCUCUCCGUCUCCGAUCAACCACGAGCCCCUCAUUUUUUAUUUUUUUACACAUUUGAAUUUAAUUAUUCAUUGCGUUUCGAUUGGAAACCCUCACUACGACAUCAUUGUUUUUGUCAAAUUACCCGCGAAAAUUCCUAUGAUUCUCGGUGCCUUUUCAUGCGACGAUUGAAUACCCGUAAAGGGGUCAAUUCGAAGCCUGCCGACGACGACGACGACGACGACAGCAAUAUGGAUCCGGUUAAGCUCCAAAUCCGACCCAUCACCCGAUCCAAUCUCUUCUCCCGGAGCCCCAAGCACAACCCCAGAUCGAGCCUCUUAAUCGUCGCCUCAGUCGCCAUCGCACUCGCUCUCACAGUAUGCUACUUUCUCGUUUCCGCGCGAAAUUCGAGAAAUUUUGGUACGAAACGGUACGGGAUUGUCAUCGACGGCGGGAGUACGGGAAGCCGGAUCCACGUAUUCGGGUACGGAGUUGACGGCGGUAACAGUGCCGUGUUUGAUUUUGGAAAGGACGGGUUGGCGUCGAUGCGGGUCAAUCCGGGGCUCUCGGCUUAUGCAGAGGAUCCGGAAUCGGCAGGUGGGUCGCUGCGGGAGCUUGUGGAGUUUGGGAAGGGGAGGGUUCCGAAGGAGCACUGGGCGGAGACGGAGAUUAGGCUUAUGGCUACGGCGGGGCUUCGAUUGCUUGACUUGGGUGUUCAGAAUCGGAUUCUGAAUUCUUGUAGGAAGGUGCUUCGCAGUUCGGGGUUUAAGUUUCGUGACGAGUGGGCUUCCGUCAUUACAGGAUCUGAUGAAGGAUUAUAUGCUUGGGUUGUUGCAAACCACGCUCUUGGUACUCUUGGUGGCGAUCCUGCGCAAACAACUGGGAUUAUUGAACUUGGUGGAGCUUCUGCUCAGGUGACUUUUGUUUCAAGUGAGUCAGUGCCUCCCGAGUUCUCUCGUGCAAUUAAAUUUGGAAAUGUCACUUACAAUCUCUACAGUCACAGCUUUCUUCAUUUUGGCCAGAAUGUUGCAUAUGAUUCAUUGAAAGAGGCUAUUGUUUCAGGAUACUUCGACUCAGCUGGUAAGUCACUUCAGGAAAGAAUGUCAAUAGAUCCUUGCACUCCUAAAGGCUACUCAUAUAAGAUGCAGUCUUUGGAGCUUCCUCCACGUUCUUCGGUUGGGAAGAAUAGACAUUUAUCUGCUCUACAAUCAAGGGGUAACUUCUCUGAGUGCAGAUCUGCUGCAAAAAUUAUGCUGCAGAAGGGAAAAGAGAAAUGCGUGUAUCAACAGUGCGAUAUAGGAUCAACCUUCAUUCCUAAGCUUCGGGGAAAGUUUUUGGCUACAGAAAACUUUUUCUAUACAUCUAAGUUCUUUGGUUUGUCCCCAAAUGGAUUUCUUUCAAAUUUGAUGAUGGCUGGACAACAAUUUUGUGGAGAAGAUUGGUCAAAGAUAAAGAAGAGAUACCCGACAGUUGAUGAAGAAGCUUUGCUGCACUAUUGCUUCUCUUCCGCAUAUGCGGUAGCCCUACUUCAUGAUAGUCUUGGAAUUGCUUUGGAUGAUGAAAGGAUCGGGUUUGCAAAUCAGGUGGGAAGUAUUCCACUCGAUUGGGCACUGGGAGCUUUCAUCUUGCAAAGUACAUCUGAUUUGGAUGUAGGGCACUCUGAUUGGCUUACCGCCAUAAUUGAUGAUGGAUCUCCCACAUUGCUAUCAGUAAUUUUUAUCUUUUCAAUAUUAAUGUUUACAGUGUGGUCACUGUCAAAGUGGAGGAAGCCACAGCUGAAGACAAUUUACGAUCUGGAGAAAGGGCGGUAUAUAGUGACUCGUGUUAGUAGAUGAUUGAUAGCGCCUUGUAGAGGAAUGCACACUCGCCAUGUAGAUUCAGAUUGAAAGAGUGGUGCGAUAUGCUAAACCCAAUUCACUUGAGCAGCCUCGGCUUCUUGCCCAAGGCCACCCUCUCGAGGUUACCAACCAGAAAUGAGAUUGUACAGUGCGGGUAUCUAUCUGCACAGAAUUUAGAGGUAACAUAUUUGCGCCAUAGCUACGCUUAGAUCCCCAUUUUGUAUUCGGAGGAAUCCCAGUACCUCCUAUUUGUUAUAUCAUAUGAAGGUUAGGAUAAAAGAACAGGGGCAUGCUGGUAUUGGAGAGAGAUGUAGAAAGCUGUAUCGUUGUAUGAUAAUGCGGUAAUGCACUUGAUUUGUUCGUCACAAUUGUUAUUCUUGUUACUGAAGCGUGAGCUUAUUUCAUUGCAUCAGGGUUUCUACUUUUCA